CACUAGGUGUGUUCUAAUGCAUUUUCACUUUAUGGACUAUUCGCUGUAUUUUAAUCAAUAAUCUGCCGAAAUGCUAUUAAUGACACAAUACGGCGAACCGUGUGCACUGUUUCUAGCAAAUUGGGACAAGUAUCGGCUACCUCCGUACAGCUGCAUAUUGUGUUGAAAACUUGUGGUGGUGUUUCCUCUUUUAGCUUUCGGGAACUAUGUAUUUGAGAAUAAUUACGUUUCGAAAAAGAAAUGGACAUACAUAAUACAUUUCGGACUUGAUCAAAUAAUUCCUGCUCACUUUGCACAAAAUGUGGAGUUUGAUGAUCACAAACCAUCUGAAGAACUUGGAUUAUGAUUAAUAAAUCUGUUUCCUUUUGUCUGUGCCUGUGGAUUGCACGUGGUUUGAUUGCUGUCGAUACAGAUGAAGUCAAGUCAGUGAUGGAGGGAGAUUCUGUCACUCUUCACACUAAUCUCACUCACAUACAGACAAAAGGUCAGAUAUUGUGGAUGCUUGGACCCCAAGAGAUUCAUAUAGCUGAAAUAUAUAUGCAUCACAUUGAUAUGUAUGACAGUAAUGAGAAAUUUGGAGACAGACUGAAGCUGAACAAUCAGACUGGAUCUCUCACCAUCACAAACAUCAGAAUCACAGACUCUGGUGUUUAUAAACUACAGAUUAUCAGUAACAUAGGAACCUUUUACAAGAGAUUCAAUGUUAUUGUCUGUGCUCAUCUGUCCUCUCCUGUCAUCAUCAGAAACUCUUCUCAAUGUUCUUCAAAAUGUGUGUUGUUGUGUUCGGUGAUGAAUGUGACACAUGUGAGUCUCUCCUGGUACAAAGGAAACAGUUUAUUGUCCAGCAUCAAUGUGUCUGAUCUCAACAUCAGACUCUCUCUACCUCUGGAGGUGGAAUAUCAGGAUACAAACACAUACAGAUGUGUCAUCAACAAUACCAUCACAAACCACACACAACAUCUCAACAUCACUGAGAUCUGUAGGUCAUGUUCAGGAAGCAGAGAUUUUCAAGUAGGAAUCGCUGUUGCUUUGCCAAUUCUUAUUGUGACAGCAGUUGUUGUUACCGUGGCUGUAUACUUUAACAGACACAAGUGUAGUCCAGGAAACAAUCGAGAAAGGCGAUGA